AUGACGAGAGAAUUGGGAAACGUCAGGAUGUAUGCACCUGACGUUACCGAGAAACGACAUGACCUCUUCACGAGGGCAUUUCUCGAUCUGACUCUGUGGGUUGAGAAAGCGGCAAACACACUCGGCCUCCCUCGACUCAUCCAUGAAUACAUUCGCCUGUUCGUGUUCUCAUACUUGGAAAUAAGACACACAUGCUGCGACAUCGAACGCAUCUGUCACUGGGACGGUCCUGACUACACAAAGCAACCAUACCCUCGGUAUUCUUCAAAGGAACUUCGGCGCAUAACCAACGAGGACGCACAUCUGCGUGCACGUCUCGAGCAGCUAGUUCCCGAGCUUAUCACGCGACACGACUCUUUCGGAGGAAAGCUCCAAGACUUUGUCAUCGACGUUCUCAUUCCGACAAUGCGCAAAACUAUGAAGGAGUUGAAAGAGGAGGAUAAGGCACUCUACGCGGCGGGGCGAAGAGAAUUGGGUGUUGUAAUGAACGAGGACGAAGACAAGACUGAGGAGGAGGGUAGUGAAGUGGAAGAGGAAGAAAUGGAUGCCGAAGAAGAGUCGGACGACGAGUACUAA